CCAUGAUAGUGAAUGCGAUACCGGCUAACACACACACCCGCACAUUUACGCAGCAGCCUUGGUGGCCUCGUCUUUGUCGCCUCUCUUUGUGUCCUUGCUGGCCGCCUUCUUUCUGUUUGGCCUCAUCUCGAUGGUCUUGCCCUCCCCGCCCGACACGGUCAACCUCUUCUGGCUUGACUCUCUGAGCAGAGUGAUCAGCCCCUUGGGGCGUGGCUUGUAGGGCGACAGCACCACACACUUGAGGCGAGGGAAACUCUCAAAAACCGACACAACACACUCGGCAAACGACCGGAACAGACCCUUCUCUGCCUCAUCAGUGAGGUAUCUGACCCGGGGGUGUCUCUCGAGUGACAGGUGCAUCUCAAGGCGAGACACGCGACUUGACAUGACCUGCCUGCCAGCCUCGCCCUCCCCACCGUACACACGCCACUGCACAGUGUGAUUCGGAAGGGCAUCAUAUCUGCGUGUGGUGUAGUGUAGUUGGGCCAUGGGAAAUCGAUCUCACUCUUGACGCACACAGUGACAUCUCGCCUGCCUUGAGCACAGAGAUGGGCCACACCGGCAGGCGCGAGACACAGCGUAGCAUUGGGAUUGGCGAGAGUAGACAGCUCAAACGUGACACGGUCGAUGGAUGGGAGUGCACCCAAGACCUGCCCCGCCCCUCCCUCAAAGAACCCCGCCCCGUGGGAACACUGAAUGAUGGAGACAGACUUGAGAUUGGGGAACAUCGUGGGAGGAUCAGACAUGAUGUAUGAAGGCAGCACCCCAUACCCCUGGAGCCCGCCCCACUGGCUCCCGCCCCAGCAGAUGUCGAGCUCAUUCACACGUGGAAGAGCGAGUGGGCCGAUGUCGGGCACAUCAGCAUCUGCAUGCGAUUUGAGUUCGACUUUGUCGGCCUGGGCGAAGCACAGGUGCAGUGUUGGCAGCGCUGGGGCAACGGGCGGGUCGUUGGCCUCGCUGGUGAGCGGAAGGCAGAGGGAAAGGCCGUCCCUGCGCCGAUGCCAUGAGUAGGUGUGGUAGCUCUCAGUGGCGCCGGGUGAGAGGCAGGUGGUACGGAAAUGAUGCAGCGCCUACUCACAGACGAGAGAAAGAACACAUGCAGGCGACGGGAUGGACUGCCAAGCCAUGAAUGGGCGGGUGUGACUGCCGCUCACUCGGAUGAUUUUGGUGCCUCCGAUCGUAUUGAGUCCCAUCUCGACGUGACGAAGCGGCCCUCCGCCGUUGUCCGUGCCGAUGACGUCGAUGAGUUGCUCGGGAUCGUCGUUGCCUGCUUCGAAACCCCAAACGGGGUACGAGAACUCCACUUGACCCGUCAGGCUCGACAACGUACCAACUUUGAGAGAGAAAAGAAUGCAUGGCAGAAGAAGUGUCUACCUAUAUAUCUGCUGCUCUCUUGUUUGAUUCUCCUCUCACCGGAUGGUGUGUCUUUAAUCGCACUCGCCACUUCAAUGACGUGCUGGUACCUUGCGUAGGUGCCGUCGUCGUCCCCCACGAUAACCAUCUCGUCAGCCUGCACGACACAGAAGCCACAAAGCACUAUCUUUACGGCCCUCGACUCCCCCUUUCCUCCCUCUCUCCGUGCCAUCUCACCUUGUUGGGUAUGAAGUGCAGAGACGAUAUGCCCGACGACGCAUUGCGGACCCACGCCGCGGCGAGCCCAUGGACGCUGACUAUGCUCAGCUCCUCGAGGACGGGCAGCUCGUACUUGCGUGUGCGUGCGAUGCUCUCCCACAUCGAGCCGACCGUAGCCUUGGUCAGCUUGGGGAACGCAGUGGGGCUCUCCUUGCUUGGCACCUCUGCGUUGAUCUGCCCUCUCCCCUGCUGCGGGUCACGUGUGCCUUGGAGCUCGACGGUCUCGAUGGUGGCCGCCAGCUGCUCAAGCAAAGUGACGAGCCGAGGGGUGGGAGGGUAAUGCACAUGCAGGGAGCGACACUGAGACACACGACCUGCACACGCGAAACACGCAUUUGAGAAUGGACAUGAGCGAGAGAGGGAUGUGUGUUCAGUUCCAUCUCUCACCGGGCAGUUUGGCUGCGGUGCGUUUAGUGGGCUUUGCGUAGAUGUCGACGAUGGGGUGCACAGCGGGCUGGCGGCUGAGGUGGCUGAAGUGUGUGUUGAUGGUGGAGAGGGAUGUCAUGAAGGUGUGGUAGCCGAGGUACGCACCCAGCCCAAAGCCCUCCUCGGUCGUCAUCCACAGCGCCUCAGGCAGCUCCUCCAAGCCAGACCUCACCUGACAAACACAUACACCACAGAGCGCACAAAGAAAUGAUGAACAGACCCUCGACGGAGCUCUUUGUGUGUUUGCGCGUGUGUGUGGUGCCCACCUCAUCUUGGUUGAGUUUGUCCAUGGUGUUUAGGAUGACGUCGAGCUUCUUGACACAUGCUUCCACCUGCUGCUUGGCCGUCUUGUCCACGGUGGAUAUCUGGAUGUCCGCCUCGCACCUCACCAUGGCCGUCAGCACACGGCAGUGGCGGUCAACCUCCUGAACAGCAGAAGGAGAGGCGGCAAAGAGGCGGGAUGUCUAUGGAACAAAGGUACCUGUGUUGUGUGUGGCGGCCAACCUGCAUGUGUUUCUGUUUGGCGAAUGUGUCGGGGGCGGGGAGGGCAGCCUUCGCAUCCAACAUCUGCUGCGCCUGUGCGCAACAAACACAACACGCACGAAGCAUCACACAUUGGCAGAUAUUCAACCCUCGCCCUCGUCGCCUCGCCUCUCUGCUCCCUCAUUGACUCACCUUAGCCUUUGCGUCGUUGACCAUGUUGAUCUGUGCCUGGAGACGCUCCGCCACCUCGGCCAGAACCGCCAACGCUUCCUCAUGGCGCACCUCACCAACAUCCUGACACAACACGCACACGAUACACGCCAUACAGAGAGAAUCGCCCAUUGCUUCGCCCAUCCGCUCGAUGUGUCUGGAUCUGUGUCGAUAUCGUGCUGUGCGCACCUCCAUCUCGACGUCGUCAGGCGUCAGUGGCUUGGUCCUGGCCUUCUUGACGUCCUUCCUCCCCUUGUUCUUGCCCUCCUUCUUGACCGCCGCCUUUGCCGGACGUCGGGCAUGACCAUAGUCCUCCCAGCUGUCGGAACAGUCGUCUGAAUCCAUGCUGCUGCUGUCGGAGAACAAGUAGCGCUUGCGAUCACCACCACCACCACCACCAGCAGCGGCGGCGGAUGAGGCGGCCAUGGCAGCCUUGCGCAUGGGACGAGCCGGACGGUCCUUGACGUCCAUCGUGCAACGAGGAGAGAAAAUGGG